AGUGUUGCAAUAUGAUUGCUUUUGACUGGGAUCUGCAAACUCCCUAAAAUAAAUCACCACCACUGCAUUUUAUCCUUCCUACAGAGCAUUUUGUGUUGAAGUCGAGUUUUUACAGGAACUCCCCAAAUCGACGCGGAGCAAACGUUGAAUGUGACUCUCAACCUCGGUCAACACUGUGACCCAUCAUGAUGGGGAAAUAUAUCUCAGUGCAGCAUUCUCAUUAGUUCUCACACAGGAGGACGAAAUUGGGACAUUGCGCAGCACCCCGAGCUUUCAGAUCCGAUCGGCCGACGCCCUGCACGCUCUGCGUUAAAGAUGAUAAAGCAGCCACGGUACAGUUUGCGGUAAUGAUGGCGUUUCCAUGAGCAGAGAGGAGAGGAGGAGAUGGGGAGGGGAGGGGGAGAAGAGGAUAGACGUCAGCAUCUGUCCGCCAGUUCCCUUUGUGUUCAACGGAGAAUGUGAAUGGCGAAAGAUGACAUGGCAGAGGUAGAUUUAGCAUCAAACGGAGCGGAUCCCCCCCUGCCGCCCCCCUCUGCGUUCCCCUACGAGGAGUACGAAUGCAAAAUUUGCUACAAUUAUUUCGACCUUGAUCGCCGGGCGCCUAAGAUCUUGGAGUGCCUGCACACGUUCUGCGAGGAGUGCCUCAACACUCUCCAUCUCCGGGAGGAGCGGCCAUGGCGCAUCAGCUGCCCCGUGUGUCGCCAUCGGACGCCGGUGCCAGAUUAUCGGAUACAGAACCUGCCCAACAACACCAAGGUGACGGAGGAUUUCCCUCUCUAUAUCGACUCCGAUCCUCUGCCCCAGGACGCUUUGCCGCCGUACCCUCCCCCGCUGCACCCGGCUCUCGUCGCCCUCCGCCGGGAGGAGGCGUCGGGGGCAUCCGGCAGCAGCCAAAGCCAAGCGACCCCGUCCACCACCGUGUCCACGGCUACGACCAUUUCCCAAGACUCGGUUCGCUAUGACAGCUGUCAGAGCUGCAAGCGAGUGGCUUUAACCACCGGCUGCGUGUGUGUGAUCUUCUCUUUCCUGUCCAUGCUGGUGCUGCUGUUCUUGGGCCUGAUCUUUGUGAACAGUCAUGGCAUCCCUCCCCUCCCGGCGGGACCCAUUUGCUUAUCGGUGGCCAGCAUUCUAGCCAUGUUCUCCGUGGUGGUCACGUGGCUCAUGUGCUGGCUCAAAUACAGACCGGACCAUGAGACUGGCCGCUCAUCUAGCACCGGUAACUCUCGAAGAAACGCCUGAGCUGGCUGCUUUGGACUGUCCACGCGAGCUUGCCUGGCUGUGUUGUGAUGUACAGACUGAUGUUCCCCCUCUACCUUUUCUAGGGUUUAAAAUCAUCCCAAAUGGCCUUCUAGCAGUAUAGGAACUCCCCGAAGCCCUUUGCGUAUAGGAGCAAGUGGCCAUCUUGACCCUCAAUCAUCUUUUCCUCAACUUGGAAUGACUAGAUCAUAAAUUUGGACUGAUGUCUGAUUCGGCGACUGAAUGUGUGGUGCUUCUUUCCAGCCCAACAUCUCUAACUUGUUACAUAAUAUCCAUUUUGACACCACCUACUGUAUGAUAAUUGCCCAUUGCAAACAAGUGAGCUUUAUUGGUUGGCUGUUAUGAGCUCUUUAUGCACUCUUUUCACCUCCUCCAGCUUGAGUAACUGUUGCUGCAGGAUGACACUGUUUCCCUUUUUUCUCAAUGAAAGCUGUACCUGCAGGGUUUCCUAUUUUUGGUAAAGAUUAAAAGGAUGCACUCAGCGAUAUAUUUUUUUUCACUCUGUGUUUGUCUAUGUGCACGAUAGGCUACUGAAGUCAAUCCCAUGCUUUGUGAUUCCGCUUUUUUAAAGACGGGGACGUGUGUGUCUCUGACUCUUGUGCCUCAGCUUGUUGCUGAAUGAAGCAACCAUUACUGCAAUCAUCUAUGUGAUGUGCAGUCCCACUGCAACAAAGCAUCCACUAAAACAGUAGGCUUAUAUAUUGCAGCAUUUUGUUUUAAAAACUUUGCAACAUGGUGUUUCUUCACAACCUAUUUAUUUUUGGGGUUUUGAGAUUUUCCUGUAGUUCAUUCUUCUAGUCAAAACACUAGCAAUGUACUUUAACUUACAUAUCCCGAAAAGGUCUGUUGGAAAUUUUACAGACGUCUGUACUUUAAAUAGUUGCUAACACAAUCAGCUAUGUAAUAUGGCACUCCAUAUUUUCAAUAUUUAAGUAUGAGGCACAGUAUACAGGAAAUACAGGGUACUUCCUCGAAUUUAAUAGGUGGAACACAGAGAGCAAAUAUGGAGUGUAAUCAUAUGGACACAAAAGUGUUUUAAUAUAGCAGUUGUUUCCCCCGCCGGGUAAUAUCCUAACCUUCUGAAAUUUCCAUGAGACACAGAUAAGAAUCAAACUGUGAAUUUUCAAGCCCGGCUAGCUCCACAACCCAGUCCAACAUUGAUUUCAAUUGCCCUGCUUAACCUUCUCCCAACUCUAUACCAAUGAAGCACUUUCCCCUUUUUUUUUUUCCGAUAAGUAAUGGGGUACAUUUUCAAAUGUUAGCAUAUUGUAUUUAUUUCCGAGGACCUAGAAGCUAUUGUUGGCUUUUUCUGAGACUAUGUAGUUGUUGUCAAAGUACCAAAUGUAUUUGCACAGAGAAAUGCUCUUUAUGUUCUGUUUUGCAAACAUAAAUACAUUUCAAUAAUAAAGCAAACAGAAAUAUGGACG